AAAGAAGUGAAGAAGAGGCUGAUGCUGUGAUAUCCUAAAUGCGGCGCUACGGUUUAACAAAGCAAAACAAACACCUAGUACCCCCUGAAACCUGCUUAAGUACCCGUGAAAAGAUGGAGUUUGUUAAAGAGGAGAGUGAAGACAUCAGUAUUUCAGAACCAUUCAGACUGAAGAAUGAACAUACUGAGGAACAAAGAGAUCGGAAGGAAGUGGAAGAGGAAAGUCAAGAACAGAAUGAAGUGGAGGAGAAACAUCAGUAUCAGAAACCUGAUGAUGUCGUAACUGGGGAAAAAUCUUCUAGUUGUUCACAGGCUGAAAAGAAAUUCUCACAAAAAAGAACUCGAACAACAACAGGAAAUUCCUUAAUCUGCCCUCAGUGUGGAAAGAGUUUCAAACAUAAAGGAAACCUCAAUAGCCACAUAAGAAUUCACACUGGAGAGAGGCCUUACACCUGCCCUCAGUGUGGAAAGAGCUUCAGACAGAAAGUAAAUCUUAUGGAUCACGUAAGAAUUCACACUGGAGAGAAGCCUUUUAUAUGCUCUCAAUGUGGAAAGAGUUUCACACACAAACCAAGUCUCACGGAGCACAUGAGAACUCACACUGGAGGGAAACAUUUCACAUGCCUUCAGUGUGGAAAGAAGUUUACAAAUCCAAGUAGCCUGAGAAGGCAUAUAAAUAUUCACUCUGAAAAGCAAUUAUACCACUGUUCUCAGUGUGGCAAGAAUUUUACACAGGCAAGUCGUCUCAGACUUCAUCAGCGCUAUCACUCUGGAGAAAAGCCUUUCAACUGUGAUCAGUGCGGACAAAAAUUUAUUUUGCCAUCAGUGCUAAAAAGACACUUGAAACUUCAUGCAAAUGAGAAGCCUUACAGCUGCACUGUUUGUGGAAAGAGUUUUUCCCAGCUGGCUUAUAUGAAACAGCACGAGAAAAUACAUUUGGGUUUAAAAGCUCAUGUAUGCUCAGAGUGUGAUAAAGCUUUUAUCAGAGCCGACGACUUGAAAGUGCACCAAAGAAUUCAUACUGGAGAAGAACCUUACAAGUGCUCACAUUGUGAAAAGAGUUUCAAACGGCGCCAACAACGGAAAACACAUGAAAAAAUACAUAACAGAGGGAGUCCAUACCACAUACUACUGAAAUAAGGCGAAAAAAUUAUUUUGAUCAUACCAAUAGAUGGAAUGACUGUGACAUCACACAGCAGGCCACCGCAUUUACAGAUUAUUUUUGAGUUGCAGUUUCUGUGGUGACAGAUUUGUUUUAAAGGGUCAGGACACCCACUGUUUCAGCACCGUUAAGUUCUCACCACAGUUUAAAAAAAUGCCAGCCAAAGUGGCCAUGAUCAGCAACGGAGAGAGGGGAGAAGGGGGAGUGAACAAAACAACUGUGAAUUAAGCCCUGGGUAUACUUCCAUUUUGACGUGAACGCUCAGCGUCUGCAUACAGUCGAACGUGAGUAUACUCGAAGUAUACUCCGUGAAACUGUGCACGCAUACACUGGCGGUUGGUGGUGAGACACCAGACUUUCUCUUUAGGAGUUUAGACCCAUAAAGAUGUCUUUAUAUUCCUUAAGACUCGAGUUAUACAAAUGCAAGUAUCUCCAGACCUCCUCACACAUGCUCUCUUGACUUGCACAUCCAUUGUUGUUGUUUUUACCUUCAUCUCCUGAUGUUUAGGGGUGAUUACAUCUUCUAGACGCUUCCUCGUGACAGCAACAGCUCAAAAUGUAAGUGUUGCAACCUUGUGGACCCACUAAUUAGUGCAGAUAACUCAUGCGCAUUCUGCAUGUUCAAAGAUGCGUGGUUAGAAAAUUCAGGCUGCAUGCGUUCAGUGCUCACUCUGCUGAUGAUGAGAUAUGCGUCAGGCGUCCUGAGCGUCCGUGUCUGACCAAAGUAUACUUUGGGCUUUAGUCACUCAGCUUUAUUGAACUAAGGCAAUUAACAGCAUCAAAGAUUCUCACAAUUGCUCGUAACAAAAUGCACAAAUAAAUGAUACACUGUUUUAAGCUCACGGUAAUUUACACAGAAUCUCACUGUUAAUGUGUAAAUACAGUAAAUGCUAAGCCAUAUACUCUGUAUUGAAAAUAUGUGAAUGUUUUUUUACACUUUAAUAACUUUUGAGACUUAUUCCAGGACGUUGAUUCACCAAUAUAAGUGCUUAGAUCGGUUAACACACUCACAUUAAGGAUGGAUGGAUAGCAUUUGUGUCUGGGACAAUCAAUGUAAAAAUGUGUCUCAAGCGAGCCCCAGUCCCCAAUGAAAGAGACAGUCCACCUCUCUGCAUAUCUUAAAACACUCACGUUAAUAAAUCUGAUGGUGCGAACAUUUAAAAGGUUUUGCCAUUUAUUGAAAGCCUGCCCUGUCCCUCUGUCAGUAUCACGGGCAAGCCCUGGACUAUCAACUCCCUCAACUGAAGUGCUUGAGUUUGAAGCGCUGGUCACGUGGUUUAAUAAAUAAUCAUGAGACGCGUUCUCAUAGGAUAAGGGCACGCAGUCUCAUUAAUAAUUAUGAGACACUGAUGACACGACGAUGCACUUUAGUACAACAAAACAUCACAUCCUGUGAAACCUGGAAGUUUUUUACAUUUUACAUAGUCUUCUAUCAUGUGUGACACAUACAUAUCUGGUAACAUCUCAGAAAAUGUAGUUUAGUGUUUCGUGACCCUUUAAGUAACAUUAUGGUACUUGUGGUGUCAGAUGAUGAAUUCGGGAAUGAAAAAGUAG